CAUGGAAGAGUUGACAGCAAACCACGCCCAUUCACUCAUACCUGUACUAGGAAGUGAAUGGGUCGGAUGGAUUGUGCUUGCUUGGCUGGCACACUUCAAGGUUUGUCUCGUCCCCAUGUGAGCUGUACCUGUGGCUCUUUUCAACAUGUUAUCGCCUCAUAAUCCUCACCUGUCUCACUGGCUCGCCACAUUCUUACUGCUCAAUUGCUGGAAAGCAGGUGGAGCUCACAAUGGGUCAGACAUGGUGACCUCAAUGCAGCGGGCCAGCAUUCCCUCCAUCGUGGUGAAGGAGGGAUCGAGCGUGCUGAUUACGUGUAAUGUGACCGGGGCCCAUGAUAACAUCAGCUGGUACAACUCUAAAGGCCCCCUGCUGGGGGACGAAGCAGGUGGAAGGUGGCAGAUUCAAGAGGAAGGCAUCCUGAACAUCACAGAGGUCUUGUUUGAGGACCGUGGCAGCUACACCUGCGUUGCCUCGAGCGUCAGCGGUGGCACCCAAAACUACACGGUGACUCUUCGCGUUGCCUACUCUGACAGCGGCUUGGGGCUGCAUUUCGUUAUCGUGUGCCUGGUGGCCUUCACCAUCACCAUGAUCCUCAAUGUGGCCCGCCUGUGCAUGGUCAACAGCCACCUCAAGGAGAUGGAGAGGGUCAUAAAUGAGUUCUUCCGGACAGAGGGCGCAGAGAAGCUGCAGAAGGCAUUCGAGGUCGCCAAGAGCAUCCCCAUUGUCACUUCAGCCAAGACGGUGGAGCUUGCCAAGGUCACGCAGUUCAAAACUAUGGAGUUUGCCCGUCACAUCGAGGAGCUGGCCCGCAGCGUGCCUUUGCCGCCACUCAUCCUAAACUGCCGGGUGGUGGUAGAGGAGACGGGGGAGACUGGGAGCCCUGCAUCAGAACACGUAGAUUCAGUGGGGAGUGUGGCGAAAGGGAACAGACAGAUUACUGCCCCCCCCAGCCCCAACAAGGAUGGAGAGGAGCAGGCACUGCUUUCAAGCAAAGGGCAAAGAAAUGAUGGAGGUGGUGACUACGUCAAAGUGUCUGUCCAUACAGCUUCUGAGAAGACCGUCAGUGAGGAUAGAGGACCCGCUGAUGUGCUCCCACCAGGCACAUGAACAGCUGUGUGUUAUGAGAGUAACAUAUGACAAGUAAUGUGAAUCCCAUCAAAAACUCAUUUCUGAUUGCAAAUUAGUGAUCAAGAAAUUGUUAAAUUGUGCAGCUGAUUAUUAGAUAACAUUCUUAUCUCCUCCCUUUCUUAUUUAAUUGUGUCACCAAGUCUUGUGUUGAAACAUCUUGUUCGUGAUAAGUUAUGAAUUCAUCUGUGGACAUUAAAAUACUGUUUUCCUUCCUGCUUAAAACUGAAUUUCCUUCAGUUUCCUUCAGUUUGCACAUCUAUUCCUAUGUUAUGCUUGCAGUAAUCUCCCUUUUUGCACACACACACACACACACACACACACACACACACACACACACACACACACACACACACACACACUAACGUUUGUUUAAUUAGUGAUGAUGAGGAAAGUGCAAAAGGUCCAGCUUUGUUCUCAAGAAUCAAAAGCUGUUUCCUAACAGUUCCUCAGUCUCAUUUUGCCUCAGUUUGAUACAGCACAGAAUAGUAAUUUUUAUCUCCUUUACCCUCCUGAAUAUAUUGUAUUCUUAUUUUUUUCAACCCUGGGUGUUGGCUCACCUUUAACUUUGCCUUCUUUGAGUUUUUCUGCACACAGCCGAUGAAGCAGCAAGCGCUCAUUAUCCUCUUUCAGAUAUCAUUUGCUGCUCUUCACUUGCGUUCACUUUGACAGUCAGUGAGCUUCCACAGAGCAAAAUGCUGCAAUGAAAUGUUCUCAUAUCGCCGUGUCGAUUGUUUUCAUGUCAGCGCUUCCUGUCACUCACUUGAAACUCGAAGGCAGAUGUAAAAGCCGGAAAAAUAAUCAUCCCAAGACUUGAUUCCUGUGUCACAUAUGUGUAGUUAUUUGUGAGUAAGGAUAGCGGCUAAUUAUAGGUUGCUGUUUUUUUUCUCAAAAUUGAAUAAGUAAUAUAAAGCAUUAAAGGGGAAGUAGCAUAAAUUAUUCUUUAUUUUUUUGUACAAUAAGAUGCAAAUCUAGGAUGCAAUCACCUUGGCUGUGAUGAAAAAUUCCUGAUUGUUUAAUGGUCAAA